CAGGCCGAUGCCUGUCUCGGCGGUAUCGCUCGCUGCCUGCAACAGCAGGCGAGGUCCUUGGAAUAGUCGGGCCUCUUGCGGGGCCCGAUGUGGUCGUGUCCUGUGGGUGGCGCCGUCAUGAGCCGCGCUCGAGCCUGGGCAAGCCCGGCGAGCAGCAAGCUGUUGACGGCGCGCGGUCGUGUCCAGUGGUUGGCGCCGCUAGGAGCCGCGCUCGAGCCUGGGCAAGCCCGCCGAGCAGCGAGCUGUCAGCGGCGCGUGGUCGAGUCCGGUGUGGGAGGAGUCUCUACCAGCCGGCCUGACGCGGGCGGGCGGGAGACUCACGCGGCGUCCGAUGGGUCGGUCGGUGCGACCAGGUCUCGCGGGAGGCCGAGGCCGUCAGGGGGGCGCCGGUGGUAUGGCGCCAGCUCCCGGAGAAAGAGGAAACGGCUGCCCAGUUUCUCUCGCUCAACACCAUGGCCUCGAUUAAGGCUGGACCCGAGACCACCACCGUAUACUCCACCUAGUCCUUCCGGUGGUCUACUCAAUGUCACUGGACCCAAAACGGGUGCCUUGCCCUUUUACCCGAAACCCGAUAUUUUUGUGUCCGGUAAGCGCCUGCGUCAGGCGGUAGAAUCUGGCAGAUUUGUCCCCAGCCGUCGUAUAGAUAGGACAUAUAUAUCAGAUUUAUCGAGAAUUGCUGUUCAAGGCAAGUGCGUGGCGAUGUACAGAUUGAACAGUAACGCUGUCGAUGCUCGGAACGUGGCAGACGUAAGAUACUUGGCUUAA